AUGCCCAUCUCUUCCAUCAUACCGCUUGUCUUCUUAUUCAUAACCCCGUGCCCUUCCUGGCUUUCGUCCCCGACAUCUGUUGUGCUUCUACUCUUGACUUCGUCCCAGAUCCGCUUCCCCCAAUCUAUCAGUCAUCCAUUUAUACUACCUUUGCCUCCUCUUCACCUCGAGCUCUCAAGGCCCCGUCCAUUUACAGUCUUGCAUUGUCGACGGAAGAACAACACACAACAAUCGAUACCAAUACCCACUCUAACAACCCCUUGUCGAGACUAUAAGACGAUUUCUUAUAAUCAUAAUAAACAGCAUCGACAACACCCAAGCAACCGUUCACAAAGUACAAUACCCGUUGAUUCGUCUCGACAGUUGACUAUCUUCUUCGAUGAUCAACACUCAUCUUCAUCUUCAGCCCAGAGCCUCACCCAGCGUCGCUAUUACGCCUCUGCGGACAUAGAUCGGUCACAACUUUUCGGAGAUAACAUCAUCCAGCCGUCACCACUACUUCCACAGCCUUCCGGAACUAGCUCGUUUCCGAUCUUUGGACAGUAG